ACGGGCUGGAGUCAGAUGCGCGAUGAGCUUUUCGACAAGACAGACGACCUCGUGGUGCUCUUCUUGGGGGGCCCCUCCGACGCGGAGACUCGCAAACUUCUCAUUGCCAAGCUGAGGGCCCACAUUGGGGAUGCCGUCGAGCAGAAGCUUCUACCCAGAACAAUCUCCUUGUUUUACGCCUUCAGAAAUGGCGAAAGUGAAGGGGCCUCUAAAGACUCCAAGGCACCCGCACUGAUGCUUUACAAGGGCCAAAGGAAGAAACGUCUCUCCUUAGACUCGGAAGAGGCGAGGCUGCUGGAAGGCCUUUCGAGCAGCAAAUCCAGCAGCGGCUCUGCCAAUAGCAGCGAAGUCAGCAGCGAAGUCAGCAGCAACCUUCCUGCAAACAAUACCAGCACCGAAUCUGUAGAUGCGUUUCUGGAGGCUUACGUUUUGCCCCAGCUGCAUGCGUUCUUCUCGCCUCAGAGCGAGGCCUCACAAGCCGCAGAGAAUGAGCUGCUCACGCAAAAGGCACUUCCCACUCGUGUGACAUACAACACCUUCCAAACAGAAGUGCUAGAUGCGGCGAAAGGAGGGGAUCGCGUCUUGCUGCAGCUCUAUGAAGAUGGCUGCUUCCUCUGCUUCCUUAUGCGGCCCUUCAUUAACUCGGUGUCUAAACUGCUAAAAGCAUAUGAGGUGCCCUUGGUUCUGAAGCGUCUGAAUCUCAACACGAAUGACUUCCCGCCUCAGUGUCCAGUGACGCGUGCAACUCCUACCUUUGUCUUGUAUGCUCCUGACCAAGAUGGGUUCGAUCGCUGGAAUGAAUUUCGGCCGAAAGACUUCGUGGCAAAGCUGAAGCAAGAUUUCUCCUUGCCCAAAGACCUUCAGCAGAAGCUAGAAGAUCUCUUGGAUUUGGUGCAGGAGAGAUUUCGAUGGUUUGGCCUCUUAUCAGUCUGGCUGUUGGAGCAGCAGAAGAUACAGGAUUUGCUGCUGCAACAGCAGCAGCAGACUCCAGAGGGCAUGGUUGUCGACAAGGCAACUGAGGACCGCCGCUUUGAGGAGCUGGUGACACUUCUCAUGGAGGAGGAUAUGCGCCGCAUCGAUGACCUCGAAGAAAGCCUGCAGCAUCUCAAGCGUGAAGCAGACGGCGCACAAGCAGACUGCAUUGCCUUGGCGCUUAUGAUGGGAGACGAGCUUAUGCGCCGGGAAGUCGUAUUCAUGGGCAAGAGGCUCCUAGCAGCAGAGGUCGGAGGCCCUCUUCCCCAGCCCGCUGCGAUCGAGGGUGCUCAAUCCACGCCGUCAGUUCAAGAGCCACCAGAGGCUUCAGAGACUGUGGCCUCGUAG